AUGCCGAACUUAGUGCGGACACCCGAUCGGCAUAGCGCACUACAGCCCAGAACUCCUGGGCUCAAGCGAUCCUCCUGCCUCAGCCUCCCGAGUAGCUGGGACUACAGGCGCGCGCCACCGCGCCCGGGAUACUUAAAGACUUGUGGGAAAAAUAAGAGGCAACAGGAAAUGGGAAAAUCAUCUUCCAGUUUUCAAAGAGAAGAUGAAGGUGAAUAUCUGAAAUCCAAACAGGUGCCAUUGGCAUUUGUCCCAACCAAAAAGUUAGAGGGAAGGUCCGGGUUAGAACUCCUGGGCUCAAGCGAUCCUCCUGCCUCAGCCUCCCGAGUAGCUGGGAUUACAGGCGCGCGCCACCGCGCCCGGCGAUAG